AUGUCUGACCAACUUGACGAACAACAAAUUAGCGAGUAUCGCGAAUCCUUUGCCUUAUUUGAUAAGAAUGGGGAUGGUGCUAUCGAUGCAGAAGAACUCGGCCAAGUUAUGCGUUCUUUAAACCAAGAUCCCACCAAUGAAGAAUUGAAAGAUAUGAUCAAUGAUGUCGAUUCUGACAACAAUGGCCGUAUUGACUUUAACGAAUUCUUGACCAUCAUGUCCAGAAUGAAGGGCAAUGACGAAACAGAGAAUGAUUUGCUGGAAGCGUUCAAGGUCUUUGAUAAGGAUCAAGAUGGCAGUAUCACACAAGAUGAACUUCGCUCGGUCAUGACAAAUCUCGGUCAAAAAUUGUCCUCCCAAGAGCUUGACGAGAUGAUCAAGGAGGCUGAUAUCGAUGGUGAUGGAAAGAUCAACUACAAGGAGUUUGUAAAAAUGAUGGGUACCAACUAA